ACCAGACACUCGACUCACGUGAUUGCUAUAACUCCAGCCUUUCUACAGCAAUGCACUCACAACAGACUGUUCCUGAGAGAACUGACCCGAAAUUUCUGGCUUUGGGGGGAAAGAUAGCAGCUGCUAAUUCUUAGUCCAUGCGAAGAAGAAUAAGUAACUGAAAAUCCAGGGUUCACUUCAGCUUUGUGGAUGUCGAUCAAUGCAGUUCGCAAAUGUCUCUAUUUUUUGGGUGAUUACAUUCUUUUGGUAGCUCUGUUUUCGUUGAAAGAAUCUUAAGGAAAUUGUGGUUAGCCGUUUUCUUGGUAUUCUGAAAUGAGACCUGGUCAGUAGGCUUUUAGGAAAAGUGUUGCGAGAAUUUUGCCAGCAGCUACAAUGAACCAGCAAGACAGCAAUGCUGAUGUUCACCUCGGUAAAUGUGGCCAGACGAGCGCCAGCGAGGACCAUGGUCAUCCCAUGUUUUUCUCGAUCGCAACAAACGCCAACAUUUUGUGGAGUGGCUGGACAAUUGCGACACAAAAUGGACUAAUUCUGGCUGCUAUUUUUAGCCUGGCUCUGGCUGUGCUGUUGGAAGCUUUGAAAUGUUAUAUCUGCAUGAAGCAGCUAAAAAGGACUCCUAAAAAGUCUCGAUGGCAGCAAGUCAUAAGAAGUCUCUUGUACAUGGUGCAAGCCUUGGCAGGCUACAUUCUCAUGGUGAUGGCCAUGACUUUUAAUGCCUGGAUCAUGGUCUCAAUUGUGCUAGGCUCUGGACUUGGCUAUUACUUAAUUCGCCAUGUCCUUCACACUGCUGAAUGCCGGGCCAAGAAAUUUAAGUUGGCUCAAAAAAGACUGAUGGCCUCUCCACCACUGCUUCAGCCUCAGCCUCAGCCACGACCAGAGGUGUGCAUGUGUGCCAAGAUAAAAGAAGCUACAGUUGCUGAAUGCAGGAAGGAGCGGUGGCCAGCAGAUGACCCUUUGCUCAAGUCCCUCCGAGCCACUGCUGAUGGGAAGGAAACCGCUGUAUAAUCAGAUCACACCAUGGUGUUGACAAAUGGUUUUUGAAGAUAUUAAAUGAUUGGAAAGACAUUGAGAAUCUACUAGCUCUUUUGUGCCUGGGUUUUCAUAUCUCUGUAUUUUUUAAUUUUUGAAUAGACAUGAAAGUUACUUCUUCUUUUUUUUUUUGAUAUUUACAUGCUGUGUCCAAUCAUUUUUGACAUGGUAUAUUUAUAUGCUACUUCACUUUUUUUU